CGGCUCCUCCCUGCCUGCACUUCCUCCUGCUGCUCACAGUUCCCGCAGCCUGCCCAGCUCACCGGUCACUGCUGCACGAGAAACCCAGCUUUCAGCAAGCAGAAGCAGCAGGAUUCAGAGAGCCACCCUGGAGCCCACCCUCCCAGCAUGCGGACGCCAGCUGUGAUGAUCGUGGGGCUGGUGCUGUGUCCCUGCGGGCUACUGCUGACACUGACGGGCACGCUGGCACCCAACUGGAGGCAGGUGAGCCUCAUCCCCGAGCAGCCCUCCGACCUCAUCUUGGAGCAGGGCAUCUGGGACCUGUGCAGGGAGCGGCAGAGCACCCACGAUCGCCUCUGCGGGCAGGAGGAUGAGCUGGGCUACUUCAAGGAGGUGGCUGUGCAGGUGGCGCGGGGCCUGAUGCCCAGCUCGCUGGUGCUCACACUGUUGGGCUUGGUGGUGGCUGCCCUGGGGGUGCGGUGCUGGCAGAAGGAACCCCAGCAUGCAGUGGCUGGCGCUUCAGGGCUCGUGCUGCUGCUCUCAGGGCUGCUGAGCCUGGUGCCUGCUUCCUGGUACACCCAUGAGCUGGAGGUACUGCCUGCACCCUCUGGUGCUGCGCUGACUGUGGGUUACAGUUUGGUGCUGAGCUACCUGGGGAGCUGUCUGGAGAUCCUGGGGGGGCUGGCCCUCACCCUCAGCUUCCACCACUGCUGCAAGGAGCGCAGGGCCCCCAAAACUCCCCCCAGCCCAGUGUUGGAGCCUGGGCCACGCUCCAUCACUGGGGCCUACAGCAACCCUUGGGACGUGCUGGAGGAUGAGCGAGACGGGCGGCGUGGGAGGAGCACCCUGCCUUGUGACUCAGACCUGUAGCUCCAGCACGGUAAUAUGGCUUGAAGCUCUGCAGCCAGCCGUGCUCCCAGCUCUGCAACUGUGACAAAGCUGCGCUGGGUCCAGCCCUGGCUCCAGCCCCUCUGUGCAGCUCUUAGCUCAGUCCCUGUGCCGCGCACAGCUAAGGCAGCUGCAGUGUUCUCAUGCGAGCAGGCCACCGGUUAGUGCUGUGCAGCCUGCAGGGUGGGGGACCACAUGUCUCUGCUCAAUUCAGGGCUGUGCAAACAUCAAAAUAAAUGAGGAGGAACAGC